AUGUCUCAGCCAUCCAUCCUGACGCCCGCCCAUGACCUCGAACGGGUAAUCGAGCUGUUCAGAGCACCCAAGUUCUAUCACGAGGGCUUCAUCUUCAGACGGACCCUCCUCCUUGCCGACGGCUCUCCCCCCAAGCGAACCGAUCAGAAUGCAGUCUGGGCCAAGUACUACGUACAGAUCGCUGGAACGACCAUGUCUUGCUGGGAUGCCGCCGAGAUCGAGAUGGCCGCCCAACAGGGCCGACAGGUAGCACCCACCUACACCAACAUCACCGAUGCCCGGGUCGAUCUACCCGAGCCACAUACGAGCGCCCAUUCACUCGACCAGCUCAACUCCCCGAGUCCACACCUCUUCUUCCUCAACAACGCAGGCCGGAAUAAGUUCGGCUUCGCCUGUUCCGAUCCCCACUCCCUACUCGCCUGGGUCUGCGCCAUCAGACUGUCCUGCUGGGAACGCUCGCGCCUCUUCGAGAUCUAUACCGGUACUUUGCUAGGCCUUCGCUUCUUCAACCAGCUCGACUCUCCACCCCCCAACGAGAAAACUGAAGGAUAUCUCACCAUCCGCUUUCCCAAGGAUACCGAAUGGACCAGGGUCUGGGCCGUCCUCGUGCGUGAUAAAUCCCUCCUCAGCGGGGUCAGUCCGCAGAACUACCACAAGGAGAACAAAUGGAAUCGUCGGGGCAGUCUCUUCAACCUGGCCGGCUUGGUCAACAAGACCCAGCACAGCCCUUCCUCAUCUGGCACACUGGUCGACGCCGAAGCAACAUGCGCAGAACCUGGAUUAAUCUUCUAUCCCAAGAAAGGUGCUAAGAAACAUCUGGGCAUGCUCACCCAGAUUAGCUUUGCAGCCGCCGUCUAUCCUGAGUCGAGGGCCUUGAUCGAGUCCUCGACUAUGUUCAAACUCGAAGGUCGCUUUGAGGGUAUCGCUGCCAGCCACGACGGCCGGCCUUCGGAAUCACAACCCGCCUCUGCCGAUCAAGAAGGCUUCAUUCUUGCCACUCCUGACGAGGGAACCGAAUGCGAUAUGUUGGGCUGGCUGUUAGGCGUCAUGUCAGCUUUCAGAUUGUACGGCAAACCGGCCAAGUUCAACUACGAUCCUACCGACCCAAACAGCUUCUAUUUUGCUUACCCACUCGGGCCUGAACGGGAGCGACUGUUCUUAGAUUGCCAGACCGUGGCUGAAAGUCUGGACGUUAAUGAACACAGCCUGGCCCAACAUCGACAAAAAUUGAACUCGCUUGUCGCUGCUCGUCUGCACGUGCCGAGGAAAUCCGUGGCCCAUUUACCCGAGUCUGUGCAGGAGCCAUACGAAUCCAUCGUGACCACACCCCAAUCGAUCGAAGAACCUCUAAACUAUCUCUCCGAUUAUCCCCCCUCUCAACCUGCCCCGAAAUCCGUCCAUCAAUCUUCCAGCCCUCCUCCAGUCACCCACCAUGCUAACACAGCCGCCCCCGAGAGUCCUGCUUCCGAUGCUAAUUCAUCCUACUCUGAUCCAGCCUUAACCUCGGAGAUUCCUGAAAACGAUUUACGAAAACCAACCUCCGAGCCCCCAUCCUCCGAUCACCACUCCCGCUCCCCGGUCACUCCCCUCGGGCAAUCCGAUCAGCUCCAGGUCAGCAAACCCGCCCGACCACUUUCGACGUUCGAUGAUGAACUGGAGUCAUAUGCUGCCUAUGUCACUUAUGACGAUCCUGUGGACACGCCCGACAUGCCUUCAUCACUCCUCGUCUCAAGCCCUGGCCGUGCCUCUUCUCCGAGCAAGUCUCCCACCGCCAAAGUGACACCAACUAAACCACACUCAAAUAACCCUUCCCAGCCUGUCUCUCCUUCUCCUCAAGUCCCUUCCCAAACAGCCACACACGAGCUCGCAUCCGAAGGAUUCGAGGAUAUGCUUUAUGCGCUGAGCUUGGCCGAUCAAAAUUCACCCGCCGUCCCACCGCUACAAGACUCAACUGAACCACCUAACCCUGCGCGAGCUCCCAGCACCCGCUCUGCAUCCCCGCAGCUCGAGUUCCUCUCCAAGCCGCCCAAUGACCCUACAUCUCCUCAACCUAACUCGGCGCCAAUCAGCCCAGAGCCCCAAGCCGGCAAGUCCAGCUUUCCUUCCUCGUUUGCUGCUGGCAAGAAGAGCGCCGCCCGGCUUGCCGCCGCCCAAGCUGCUCAAGCUGCAGGCAAAUCCUCCGGCUUCCGUCCCGGUAAACCCGGCCGCACCGCCCCUGCUGGCCAGAAGAAACCACCCUCUUCUUGGAAUAAUAGUGAUAGUGACGACGACGACGACGAUGAUGAUGAGAACCCCAACGACGACGAUGAGGAAGAUGACGAGGAUGAAGAGGAUGAAGAGGACGAUCGGCUCAAGAAGCAUCGGCUGACCAAUGUCCUUCCGUCAUCCACUUCUCAAGUAGUUUCCGAUAGAGGAUUUCAACCCAACCAAGAGCGAAAAAACAUGCUCCAUCCGCAAGCAGCAGCAGGACGAGAAGGAACAUACUCGAUGUAUAGCACUUCAGGCCCUGCUCAAGACGGACGACCGAUGUCUCAAGUAGUGCCGCCCGGGGGAGGAGAGAUGGGGCAGUUUCCAAAUGCGGCGACACGACGGGAAGUACCAGCGGUAUUGCGAGACCAGCCCGCGGAAUCGGGAGUGGAUACCAACGGGAUGCGGCCUGCGUUCAGUCAACACGGGUUACUACAUCGGGUGAUGCAAGAGCGCCAGGAGAAGUCGGCCAAGUCGAUCCAGGAGGCGGCCCAUUGGACGGGCGAGCCACUGGUGCAGGUCAACCACAAGGCCCCGCCGAUCCAGAGCGGCCUUCUCGGGGCGAUUGCCUCGCAUGAACGGGACCGUAAACGGGACGGCGGGAUGGGCGCGGUGCUGACCGAACGAGCCCGCGAACGGGCCCUCCGGCAACGCGAGACCGACGAGCUCCAGCGCCAGUCCAUGUACAUGAUGGCCGGUGGCCCAAUGGGAUAUCCCCAGGCGGGAUACAACCAACAGGCGAUGAUGCAGAUGAUGUACAACCCUCAGAUGGUCGCCGCCGGUGGAAUGAUGCCGGGGGGACAGAUGACGUACGAACAAAUGAUGUUCCAACAGCACCAGCUCCAACUGCAACAACAAGCCAUGAUCAAUGCCCAAUAUAUGGUUGCGGCGCCGUAUGGAUAUCCGGCCGUUGGCCAAGGAGGCCCCGGAGCUCCCCUCAUGCAGCCGCAACAACAAGUGCAAGCCGGCCCUGGGCAAGGCAUGAUGUCGGCCCACGCGUCGAUGUACGGCUUCCCGGGCCACCAAAUGGGCUUCCAUCAGGGCCCGCCAAGCCUGCUCAACCCGCUCCAAGUCCCGCUCAACCAUCCCCACCUCCAUCAACCCCAACCUCCCCUGUCUCCCCCCAAUAAUGCCGCCUUCAGUCACCAGCCUCACAGUCCUUUGCAGAGAAACUCCGCCGCUCCUAAUGGCCCGCCCAAUUCUAAAUGA